UGCAAGUUCCCGCGAUAGUACACGGUAGAUUUAAGUGAAGGAAUGAAAACAGUAUGAAAAGGCUAACCUGACACUUGAAUCGGAUUUGAGGCAGAACAACUUGAUUCCAUGAAGACAUCCUCCACAUGUGAAGCUCUUCGUGGCUCACAGUAUUUCGUCCUCUCUGCCCCCACUGUCUUCAAUGAUGUAGGUGUGCUUGAUCGUCUGUGCAGCAGUUCCUUGUUAAGGGCCAUUUCCUUUUGCCUUCUGUGGAUUUCUGCCCAGACCUCAAUGUCUCCCUUCCCUCACACUUUACCACCCUGAGUCUGGAAACGUCACAUCUCCUGAGUCGAACCAGUGAGUCUACCCCAUUCAGUCCCUGGUUGAACAGUCCACCUGAAUCCACUCCCUCCACCCUAAGGCCAUGCUGUUCUCCCUGCGGGAGCUGGUCCAAUGGCUGGGCUUUGCCACGUUCGAGCUCUUCCUCCACCUGGGGGCUCUGCUGGUCUUCAGUGUGCUAGUAGCACUGCGGGCUGACCUGUUUGCCCCUGGCAUGAGCUGGUGGCUGGUCUUCGUCCCUCUGUUUGCCGCUGAUGGCCUCAGCACCUACUUCACAGCUAUUGUAUCCAUCCGGCUGUACCAGGAGAAUGAGAAAAGGCUAGCGGUGCUGAGGCUGCUGUGGGUGCUGAUGGUGCUCGGCCUCAAGCUGGUGUGUGAGGUGCUGCUGUGCCAGAAGUUGGUUGAGCAGGAACACGCACGCGACCUGGGGUUUGGUCCUAUCGUCUCACCGCUCUUCAUCCUCCUGCAGCUACUGAUGAUCCGCUCCUGCCGUGUCAACUGAUUCCAAGGGGCGGUGUGAUGAGGGCAGGAGUCGUUUAUCAGCUAUAGAAGAUCCAGGUUUAUUCAUACUAGGUGACUUUUAAUUAACUGACUAUUGAGAAAUAGUUUUUGGACUAAUGGCUGGAGAGAUGAGGGUCACAGGCUUCCCCUCCAUUUCUAACCUUGUCUGAGGACAGUGUGACAUGUGUUUUCCAUGAGCAGUCUUUUGUCAGUAUGGCUCUCCUGGACAUUGCUUCCUGUGGAUACCUUUUUUUGUAUUUGAACUGUUAUGGACCUCUUGCUCAAGCAUGUAUUGAUGGCCUCAUUUUAUCCUUCAUUGUAAUUUAUUUCCUGAUGUGAUGCUGGGGAGGGACAUUUGAGAAUUGAAGUAAUCUGUCUUUUGAAGUUGUUAAGACUGUCUGCAGCUUUGUUUGUUUUAGUCCAUUUAUUAUGUUCUUGUUUUUGGUACCCAUGUUGUGUUUCUAUAUACAGUACCAAUCAAAGUACCUUAUCCUCUGCAUCAGAGGUAACUCUGGGUCUUCCUUUCCUUUGGCGGUCCUCAUGAGAGCGCUUGAUGGUUUUUGCGACUGCACUUGAAGAAACGGACGUUUUUCUUUGCUUUUUUGAGCUGUUCUUGCCAUAAUAUGAACUUGGUAUUUUACCAAAUAGGGCUAUCUUCUGUAUACCACACCCCUACUAUAUCACAACACAACUGAUUCCCUCAAAUGCAUUAAGGAAAGAAAUUCCACGAAUGAACUUUUAACAAGGUACACCUGUUAAUUGAAAUGCAUUCCAGGUGACUACCUCAUGAAGCUGGUUGAGAGAAUGCCAAGAGUGUGCAAAGCUGUCAUCAAAGUGUGGCUACUUUGAAGAAUCUCAAAUAUAAAUUGUUUAACACUUGUUUUGGUUACUACAUGAUUCCAAAUGUGUUAUUUCAUAGUUGUGAUGUCUUCACUGUUAUUCUAGAAUGUAAAAAAUAGUACAAAUAAAGAAAAACCCUUGAAUGAUUAAA